AUGUUGAUACACGCUUCUGAAGCAGAAACGCUCAACUCGAUCCGCUUAGCCCUCGAACGCGAGGAGCAGCAGAUCCGUGUCAACGACAGCACUGGCGAGGUCUACGACAUCACCAUCUCCAGAUCGGCUCCCUACGCAUCUCCCGUCGUCUCUCGUUCUGUCACUCCCAGCAAUGCCAAUGACCCUACUUUUUCGGGUGCCAACGGCCUCACCUCCGCUAGCUCUGCUGGUCACCGCAUCCUUCGACUACCCCAGCUUGUAAGCAAGAGAGCUCACGGCAGCAAUCAUCAUGCCAUCCAACAGCCCGCCACUGUGGAAGCUACAUCCACUGCCGAUCGACCGCUGCCGGACGUGCACGAGCUCGGUCAGGGUCGCACGCGUCAACAGAAUGCUGUCUCUCUGAGCGCCUCGACUCCCUCAUCCUCAGUACCAGACCCGAUAGCUCGUCAAGAGGCAGCACUUAAGUCCCAGUCGAGCUUCACCGCCCCAACGCGCCAUCAUCCCUUUCUCAGCGAGCUUCCACCAUCUCCGCCUCUUGAAGCAGACUAUAUUGCUGGUCAUGACUCUCGCAACGGCCUCAUGAGCACCGUCACCAACGGCUCGCCUCACAUCCCAUCCUACCCAGCUAACGGUGCCUCUGCUUUAUCCUCCUCCUCCUCCUCCUCCGCCGCCACAUCUGCGGCCAACCCGGACGAAUCUACUCCAUCGGCUGCGCCGCUACAGAAGAAGGCCCCGGUUGCUCGCCGAGCCUACACUGCCGACUCAAGUCACAUCCUGAGUGCAUCGCAUGCCCCUGUCCCAAAGCACUCGGCUUCACCAGCUUUUACUGAUGAGCCUGUUUCCAUCGAUACAGCUGAUUUCGCUUCGCUGCCGCAGCAGCAACGGUUUCAGCAACAGCUUCCAAAUACCAGCGCCUACCGUCCGCCCUCGAUCUCCAAGGAGCGUCGCAACGCUUCCAUCACUUCGACCGCUAGCACCGCCUACCGCACCGCUUCCUCCAACGGUGCCGCCUCCGACGCCGAAGACGAUGAUGCUUCCAUGAUACAGCGACGCCUCGCUUCGUACGGUUCUGCAUCAUCCAACUUGACCAACGGUGCCAAUGGCAUCACCCCAGCACCCGCAAUUCGGCUGACGCACGACGAUUCCCCUUAUCUGCAUGAUCCUCAACAACGUAUCGGCCAACCUGGCUCAUCACACUCCGCCUCUGGCUCACAACUCAACGGCGACCCAGCAGCGCCGCCCGCCGGCAUCCCUCCACGCCAGAAUGUGGCGCGUCGCAACACCACCGGCUCGUCCUUGCAAGGUCGACGAUCCAGGUCUGGUGGCAGUUUGACACACUCUGUUCAUCGAAGCAGCCGAGACCGCGAGCCCAACUCGUCAUCUCCCGUUCAACCAUGGAUGACAGAUGCGCUCAACUCGCCUACAACAGCAGAAGGCUCCACACAUGCUCUGCGCACCGGUGAUGCUGCUUUUGACGAAGAAGCCGCCAAACAUGCCGAGCAGCUGCGCAGGGAUCGACGUUACAAGGAGCAAAGGGCACGCGAUGCAGCCGCUGAAGGUUCAUCUGGCGACAGGGACGCUGUUCCCAAUGGCGCCGUCGGUGUGCUGCAACGAACCAAAACGGGUCGUGACUGGCUCAACGUCAACCCAAAAGAUAAGGAGCGCACCGACCGCGAGCGCGAACGUGAGACUGAGGAUGCUGAACCCAAGGUGCUCGUCGGUAAUCUCAUCGGCGAAGGUCAUGCCAACUACGUCCUCAUGUACAACAUGCUCACAGGCAUUCGCAUCGGUGUCUCGAGAUGCCAAGCCAAGAUGAAGCGUCCCUUGUGCGAUGCCGACUUUACCGCCAAGCACAAGUUCACCUUCGACAUUAUCGGUCGAGAACUGACGCCCACUGCUAAAUACGAUUUCAAGUUCAAGGACUAUGCGCCAUGGGUCUUUCGCGAAUUGCGUGAACACUUUCAUCUGGACGCAGCCGAUUAUCUGCUCUCGCUCACGUCCAAGUAUAUUCUCAGCGAGCUGGGCUCGCCAGGAAAGAGCGGUUCCUUCUUCUACUUUUCUCGCGACUACCGCUUCAUCAUCAAGACGAUCCGACACUCGGAGCACAAGUUCUUGCUGCGCAUCCUCAAAGACUACCACGAGCACGUCAAGGCCAACCCUCACACGCUACUCAGCCGCUUCUACGGUUUGCACCGUGUCAAGCUGCCCCAUGGUCGCAAGAUCCACUUUGUCAUCAUGAACAACCUCUUCCCACCGCACCGCGACAUCCACGAGACGUACGACCUCAAAGGCUCGUCGAUUGGGCGCGAAUAUCCAGAGGAAAAGGCAGCCGCCAAGUCUGGUGCAGUGCUCAAGGAUCUCAAUUGGCUCAAGCGCGGGCGCGAGAUCGAGUUGGGUCCGGAGAAGCGCGCUCUGCUUGAAGCGCAGCUGCGCAGCGAUGUUGCGCUGCUACAGCGACUCAACAUAAUGGAUUACUCGCUACUCAUCGGAUUGCACGACAUGCGUCGUGGCAACAAGGAUAACCUGCGCCAGGACAAUCUGCGCGUCUUCCAGCCAGAGACGCGGGAGAUCAAGCGUCAGCCCACGCAGGUGAAGCGAGCUGGUGCCGGAUCGGGCAGCGAACAGGACGCUUCUGCGCUUAGACAAGCGGUGCGACGCUCCGAUCCCAAGGCGCUCAAUGCUCAGCAAGUGACCAAGCUGCCGGACCGCGACGUGAGCGAACGUCGUCACUUUCUCUUUUACCAGGACGAAGGUGGAUUCCGCUCCACCGACGAGCACAACCGGCCCGGUCACAUGAUCUACUACCUCGGCGUCAUUGACCUUUUCACGCCGUACACGUCAGUCAAACGCGGCGAGACGAUUUGGAAGGGCUUGACGCAGAACCGACACAUGAUCAGCUCGGUGCCUCCGAAGGAGUACGGUCAGCGCUUCUUCGACUUCCUCUGCAGCGUCGUCACGGGCGGAGACAAGAGCCGACGUCCCAAGAUGUGGGGUUUCCCUGACCAGGAUGUGGCCAAGUCCAAGGGCAAGCAGGCUCGGAUCGAAGAGGUUGCUCAGACGGAGAAGCCGGACAAGACUGCUACAAAGCAGCAAUAG